AUGAUGGGAAUUGACCAUCCAAUAACUAUUGAUCAAGAUAAUAACGUUUUAUUCCAAAUUAAUGAUCAAAAGUCAAUGUUCUAUGCACAUUUGAACUUGGUUAAUUCUAUUUAUAGGUUUGCAAGUGUGAAUCUUUCAAAUCAAAUACUUGAAGAAUUUAAUUUAUUAAUUGAAGGAAAAGCUGAAGGAAAACCUUAUAAUAUAUAUGAGAAAAUCACAACUAUGGCUUCUAUUGUUGUCCCGAUUAUGAAAGAAUCAUUUAGAAACGAACAAAAUAAUAUUUUAAAUUCAACUUUGGAAUUUUACAUAGAAAUGCUGGACAAUGAAAAUAUAGAAAAUGCUUGUUUAGCAGCUUAUUAUUUGGCCCAAAUUUACCAAGUUUUGAGGAGAAAUGAGUAUCAAUCUGCUCUUCAGCCCAUAAUUACAAAGUUAAUGGCGUACUUCCGUAGAGAGGAAGUUAUUCUCCAUGCAGUGGCCGCUGAAUGCCUUUCAAAACUGUUUUAUUUCUCAGGAUAUAAAGAAGAAGACCGAAGAGAUUGGCUGAUUUUUGUAAAUGGUCCGACUCCUGGAAACGAAGAAUUGAGUCCGGAACCUUUAAUUCCAAUAAUUAUGGAUAAUUUUGGGAAAAUUCUUCAGAUUGUGAAUCAGAAUAGCCAUGUCUCGUUGAUAAAGCUUGUUUGUAGCAUAGAACUUAUGUUAGAACAAAAAUUGAAUGUUAUGAAAAAAGAUGAAAGUCAAUUAGAGGCCAAACCUGAAGAAGUUGAAGAAUUCAGAGCAUACAAAGAUAAUUUCUUCGGAAAUGUAUAUAAUUUUGUCAGAACAAGCUUUGAAAAUGCAUUAAAUAAUUUCAAUCUCGAUAAUCCAGCAACAGUAGCCCAAUAUUGUCAUUUCUGUGAUGUAUAUCUGGCAUAUGAAGUACUUAUUAAUCCAGAUAGUGAUGAAAACAAUCCAAUUUCAAUAUUAAAUCCAUAUGUUUCCGAAUUAUAUGGAGGAAUACAUCAAAUCGUUAGAACUCUACUAGAAUCAUAUGCUGGAUACCAAACAAGAGAGAAACAAGAUGAAAAUAUGAUUAUUUUGUUGAGAAAUUCAAUUGAAAAAACUUUACAAGUUUUUAAUAUGAUAUUAAAGACAUUUGUACCUAUCAAGUCGAUAAAUGUACUUGGGCAAUCAUUUAUUUCCGAUAUUUUCGGUAUGUUCAGUGAUUUACCAAAUUCUUGUUUUGUUCCUUAUGUUUUUACAUUCCUUCGCAACUCAACCUUUUAUGUUCAAUAUGUAGACCCUGAUUUCUGGAAGAUUAACGACGGAAUUCCAACAAAUUUGGUAAAUAUUCUUCGUUUUACAAUAAUUGAGAAUCCAAACAUCUUAUGUGUUCCAGAAAUACUGAAUUACCUUGCUCGUCUCAUCGACUCACGAUAUGUCUCAAUAGACCUCAUUCCUCAAGAAGAAUUAAAAUUAUUAAUCAGAUAUUCACUUUUUUAUAUGGAAAAUGAUGAUUUGAAAUCAUCAUUAGCUGCUCAUAAGCUUCUCCAUACAAUUAUUAGCACAAUAUGCGAUCUUGGCCAAGAUAUGAGAGAUUCAAUUUUUGAAACAGAUAUGAACAUAGACCAGGACAACGAAAUCAGGAUAGGAGAUUACAUUUUCAUAGAAAUGCUCAGAAUUUGUUCAACAGGAAAAACAAAAUUUGCAUUCGCUGAAUAUGCAAAAAUUGUAAAUCUCUCGAACUAUACAAACCCUUUAACAGAAUCUAUUGACUAUUUCGUUGAUGUUUUAUCGAAUAUUCUUUCUUCUGAUCCACAAAUCGUAAGAUCUCUAAUUGAAGGAAUAAUUACGAAUUCUCAUACAGAAUUUUUACAGAGAUUCAUAUGUACAUAUAGUGGACUAAGCAAACAUGAUCCAGAACUUGACUUUUCCCGUAAUAAGAAACCUUAUUCGAGACUAAAAAGCGAAUCUGAUAAAGUUGAAGAUAAAUUAAUACCUGCCUAUAAUCACGAAGAAGAUACAGUUGUUCAGGAAUCAUCCAUAUACUUCUAG